UGGCACUUUCGAUCCGCUUUAUGCUGCAAAGGGAGAGCGAGAAUACAAACAGGAGUCUAGCUGAGAAUGCAAUCCCAUCCAAAAUAGAACACUAUCGACUAAAUUUAACGAUGAUUGGAUCCAGCCAGCUGGCAUAGAGCGAUUAGAAUAGAGCUAAAGCCGUCCGAAGUCGCGGCUGAAGCGCCUCCGGGCGCAGUAUGAAUCCAGGUUGUUGUUGGAGCGUUAGGGCGGACCGUGGUGCGCUCUGGGAAGUGUAGUUCCUGGUCCGUCGGAGUUCCCGCCCGAGCGCUUGGAGAGCGGCUUCGGGAGGACUACAAUUCCCAUCAUGCCACGGCGGCUGGCCGCCAUCUUCCGUCUUCCCCCCUCCCCGUCGUUUGCGUCAAGCGGUGCUGUCUUCUACGCCAUGAAUACGCGUCAAAAGAAGCCAAACGGGUCAAAACAGAGAGAAAAGGGAAAGCAAUUUUUUUAAAAAAAAUAUUUCAAAAGAAGCUAAAGCGGGCGCGGCUCGGGUUUGGGGAGAUUUUAAUAUAUCCGACCGACAUCCCGCGUCCCUGUUGCGGAUUCGCUUCCAAUGAAGUUUGUCGGCGGUCCCGGCGGAGGCCGCUGCUUCUGCUGCCACCAAAGUGUCCGGUAGGCGAAUCGGAGCUUCCCCUCAACUUGGAAGGCACAACGUUUGCCAUCUGCGGUGCUUUUGCCGCCCCUCGUCGUCAAGAUGGUCGCUUGGAGUGAAGGCGCCUUGUGGCCGGGCCCUGCGGUGGGAACCCGACCGGGUCUCAGCGAGUGAGGGCAGAAGAAGCAGCAGCAGCAGCUCCUUGUCGCCUUUAGGAAAAGACAACUCGCCGCGGGCCUUGGAGACCCCGCUAAUUCGAAUGGCUCCUUGAGAAAUCACGACGGGUUUAAUCUGAGGGAUGCACGUUGAUUUUUUUUACUUUGUCUAGAAACUCCAACCUUCCUUCCACCACCACACCCCCGACCUUUAACAGUACACAUUUUAAUUUAGUGAAGUAUCUGACAAGAGUUCUGAAUCCGGCAGAAACAGAAUAGAAAGCCAUCAGGAAUUAAUUUUCACUUUUUACACUGCCUUUUUACAUCAAAUGAAAGAAGAUUUUGUAUUCCACAGGAGAACGGGCUCCAAACGCACCAUUUUGGAGAUACUUGUUACACAAGAAGAAAACGACGCUCUUUUGGGAAUUUUACCAAUUUGUGUGAAUUCUGACUGAACUUAAAACCGAAGUUACUGACUGCAAUUAUUCCCAUGCCGAAGCAAGUUUGUUUUGUCCAUUACGUUGUUGAUACUGAAGUCGCCAUGUCAGGUUGCUGCACAAGAUUAAAGAUAAUUUGGUGAACGUCGCUUUCAACAUUUAUAUGAAAUCUGAUUCUACUGGCGUGUUGAGUUCGUGCAGUAUUAUAUGGUUUAUAAUCAGCAAAUCGGAUUCGCUAUCAUAGGAAAGAUGCAAAGUGUUUAAGAGUAAUUGUACUUUGAAUGCAGAGCAUGUGUAAAUACUGGAAGGGACAUGUCAGAACAUAUUACAGUGGGUGCCAGUUUUCUUCCUCUUGGUUGGAAUUACAUUGCCUUAAUUAUCUGGAACUAAAACUGACCUUCGUUUGAAAUCAAAAUUGUAACUGCUGAGAAGUACCAGCAUAUUUAUGCAUGUGCUUGUACCUCUGACUUUACGAAUAAUUGGGACAACACCUGGAUCUUUCUCCUUUAAGAUUUGAAUGAAUUGGUAACGACAUGCAUUUUAUAGGGCAGUAGUCAUGGCCUUUUAUUUAAGGAAAGAAAAAAGCCACUGUGUCUGAAUUUAAGAUUAUUUUAUGUAAAACAUUUUGUCAGUUAUGGCUGACGAAGUAUCACAGGCUGAGAUCGACCCAGACUUUGAACCACAGAGCCGCCCCAGAUCCUGCACUUGGCCUUUGCCGAGACCAGAUCUAACAACUGUCAAACAGGAGGACUCUGCCUCAGUAACCCCAACCGAAGAAGAAAAGCAGGAUGUUUCUGAUUCUAGUGCUGUAAAAUCAGAGAGUGAAACUGGUCUGAAUGCAGAGGUUUGUUCCCAAGUUGGUGCAACAAGUGCUCAACGGAAGAGUUCCGCUAGAAGGAAUGCAUGGGGCCAUCAAUCGUAUGCAGAUCUUAUCACCAAAGCAAUUGAGAGUUCUCCUGACAAGAGGCUGACUCUGUCUCAGAUCUAUGACUGGAUGGUCAAAUCUGUGCCUUACUUCAAGGACAAGGGAGAUAGCAACAGUUCAGCUGGAUGGAAGAAUUCUAUUCGACAUAACCUUUCCUUGCACAGUAAAUUCAUCCGAGUCCACAAUGAAGCUACAGGGAAGAGUUCUUGGUGGAUACUUAAUCCUGAAGGUGGGAAAAGUGGGAAGUCGCCCAGGAGAAGAGCAGCAUCUAUGGACAAUAAUAGUAAACUUGUGAAGAGUAAAGGAAGAGCAGCUCGGAAAAAGGCUGCCCUCCAAGCAACCCAAGAGGGGAAUGGUGACAGUCCUGGUUCACAAGUUUCCAAAUGGCCUGGAAGUCCCUCUUCUCGCAACAAUGAGGAUUCUGAGGCCUGGACUAGUUUUAGGCCAAGAACAAGCUCAAAUGCUAGUACGUUAAGUACAGGGCGCCUGUCCCCCAUAAUGCCAGAACAGGAAGAUCUGGAAGAUGAGCUCCAUUCUGCACUGGCCUAUCCUGGCACUGCAAGCAAGUUGCCAUCAACCCUAACUGAAAACAUAAUUGAAGAACUUGAACUCAUUGACAGCUUGAAUCUCAUGUCCCCAUCACCUACAUUGUUGCCAACCCAGCAGUCAUUAUCCACUGGCUUGGUACAACAAAGCUCAGCCUAUACAUUCAGGCAACAAAACUCGGCCUCUGGGUCGCAGGCUUCUACCUAUGGGAACUCUUUCUAUGAUCCAUCUGACCUGACUUCUGUGCAGAGCCACUUUAGUGUACCUGCAACACUUGAAGCGCUCCUGACUUCGGAUUCGCCAACACAUACUGAUGUGAUGAUGAGCCAAAUUGACCCUGUCAUGCCACAGACAGGUGGUCGGCUAAACAGUGAAAAUCUGAUGUUGUUUAAUGUUGAAUCGCUCAACAGCCCAUCUGGAGAGUCAAAAGUUAGCCAGACUAGCCAGCGAGGAAAAUCUGCAGGUCCAUCAGCCACAUCUGUUAAUGCUAAUGCUUUAUCUCACACACUGAGUAUGAUGGGACCUCUGCCUGAUGCAAACCAAAUGCCUACUUUGAAGGCCCAGCUCCAGACACCUGUAAGCCAGGCUUUGCAACUUGGUCUGCCGUCCACUCGUAACUCAAACAGCAGCAGCAAUUCUUCAAUAGGGAUGAAUAUGAAUUCUGAAAAUUUUCCACGAGACCUGGAUUUGGAUAUGUUCAUGGAAAGUCUCGACUGUGACGUGGAUUACAUAAUUGACCAUGAUCUUAUGGAUGAUGAAGGGCUUGAUUUCAACUUGGAGCCUAUUGCCACUAACCCGUCCUAUCCUAACACCUCACAGUCAUCUUCUCGUAGCUGGGUGCCAAGUUAACUUCAAAUGCAUUACCUGAAGCAGGUUUGCUGUUCGUCAGCUGAGUCCGUCACCUUCCUUCCAAAUUGAUGUUUUAUUUUGAAGUGAUCCAGGAGUUGAGCAUCUGUUCCGGUUUCGCAUUGUUCAGCUGUGUACGAUGAGUUUAUCCAAGAAGGCAAUUUCUCUGGCGUGCAUUCCAAUUUCCAGAGUGCAUGGAACAGAUUCUAAAUAACCUUUGGUGAGAUGUUUGGAAUGUCAUUGUGCCAAUGCUGCCCAUUUGAAAAUGACUAAUUUUAUUACAUUACAAAUAACUUCUCAGAAGGAAUUGAACAUACUGAUGGGGAUGUUUAUUAUUUUUGUCAUGUUUCCCCCCUGCCCUGUGAUUUCUUUUGGUGCAGCAAUCUGGAAUUAUGAAAAUAAGACUUCACAUAUAUAGGAUCAUAACAGUAAAUAGAUAUGAUAUUCUCAACUAUUUUUUAAAUACGGAACAUUUAACAAAAAAACACAGUAAUAUGUAGCAAAGUUUUCCUUUGGGACUUGCAUUAAAACACUACAAGGAAAGAAGUCAUUCAACCCGGAUUUUCAAGUGAAUACUCAAACAAUGUCAAGUUGAGACACGAUUAUGAGAAUAAAAGAAUAAUUGAGCUCAAGCUGUUGUGUUGGACAGAUCGCAAAUGAAGUGAAACACCACAUCGAAGCAGUGACCCUGCGGACUGAGGAUUACCCCAUGCUUCUUCCCCGUCACUUUCGGUUGUAUUCGGCAUACAUUUGUGUCCAGCUGAGAUUGAGAAAAAACAAAACUGUUUGUAAAUAAGAAUGAAAGAGAAGGGGAGGCGGGGAUGGAAUGUGCAAUGUAUUUCAGUAAUACUGAGAUAGCUUAGGUUCCGAGUUCCAGAAGGAACAUAUCUAGACUUUCCCACAUUGCCAUGACAUCAAUCUAAUCCAGAACAUACAGUUAUACCCCAGCCUAUAAAAUAGUAUCAUAUUUUAAAACCAACAACAAAAAUAUGAGGUACAAAGCUAUUUUGAGAUUUAAUUUUAAUCUGCUUUAUAUGGGCCGCCUUUGACUUUAACAAGCAUAGUGUUUCUCUUUAUUUCUCCCUUCCCACUCCAUUUUAACAGAUUGAAUUUAAAGUUAAUCUUUUUCAGUGAAUUUGGAAAUUCUGCUGAAUAGUUUGUUGUUUCAUUCUUUGUUUGGGAGGAGUGGGGAGGAUGCUUUGUCACUUGGCUUGACAACGUAAUACUGUCUAAUUUGGGAGAAAUGGUGGGGAAAGCGCACAGAUUUGAAAAUCUUUCCUUCAUGUAGGAAGCAAUUUGUAAAUGUUACGUAAAUAUAACAAAACCCCUUCCAGUCUGUAAUUUGGUUUCCCCUUAAAUCAUGGCUUAUUCUUGAGCACAUAAUCUGGUCUGACACUCCAAUGUAGUAUUGAUUGGCUGCUACAUCUCCCUAUAUUACAAUAGUGAAUGCACUUCAAAAUGACUUCAUUUGGCUGUAAAGCACUUUGAAAUCCCCUGAGGUUGUGGAAGGUGCAAUUCUACAGUUCACUAAUUGGAGAAAAGUUCAUAAGUCACACUAAUGCCAGCAGUUGCGAAGGAGUAAGUAAACAUGUUCGAUUGAGGCAACUGUUAUAAGAUGAAUAAAUUGUUUUGUUCAUGAAGCAGUUACCUAAACUUUAAACAACAGUUUAACAUCAGCAUCAUGCUGUCUGAGAGAAGGUUGCAUAGGACAGAAUAGAUACCCAGGAGUGAUUAUAGGUCAUUGUCUUCAGAUGACUUCAUAAAUUGCAAAGAUGAAAUUCGAGCAGUUUAUAGCUGCUCAUUAUAUACUGAAAUGAGACCACUGCCUUGAAGACACUCCUGGAGGUCUAUGAUAUUUCUUUAAUAACGUACACUCUGAAGUUUAUGGGAUUGACCUUAUUCUGUUUUGGGUUGCAUUUCUGAGUGGAUGUUCUUGGUGCAGUUGCACAAGGCUAAUGCACUCCUCAUCAUUGCGUGAUGAUGUUCACACUGAAGGAUUAAGAAUUGUGACCUAAUCACUGCAUGUUGUAUCAAGAAAUAAUCUUUAUUGAUGACUGGUAAUUUUAUGUACUGUGGCCAUAUAUAUAUAUAUAUAUUAUAUAUAUAUUGAUAUGGCACAUGCCUGUGUUCAGAUGACCUCAACUGCUCUCAUCCUCCUGAAUCCUGGAUUGUAUUCAUUACUUCUUUGAAACACACUCCUUUUUAAUGUCCUUUUGUUACAUGCAAAAUCAAAAUACAGUAUAUAUCAAAAGUGAAAUUAUGAAACUGAUUUGAGCAAUGAUGAAAUUACAGCGUGAUUUGAACCAAAAAGAUAUGAUUCAUUUAACUGUUUGAUACUGGCAGAUACCAUUUAUUAUAGGUAUUAGAUGUCAUGAGUGUAAAUGCCACAAUGGAUAUUAGGGACUGAAUGGUACAGUGUUUUGACAAUAUUGUUUUUUUUUGACUCUCUGGUUUGACCUCGCAUCAACUAGACUAUUGGAAUGAAAGUCUAUCAUUUGCCUCUAAGGCUUUGAAUUACUUUGGGUAGUGUUGAUCAGUUCAUAUUCAGCAUGAACUUGCAGCACAAAACAGCCCUCUAAUUUAGUACUAAAUUGUGAAGCUCACUCAGAUCAUAAAUGUCUGUUGUGUAAAAUGAAGAGGAAUAUUAUUCUUGGUGAGUAGGGGUGUUCUGGAAAUGAGGCACUUUUACUUAGGUUUUACUUUGCACCCAACUCAGAAAAGCUUGGUGGUGGCAUUGGAUAUUCAAAAUGAAAAUUGUUCUUUUUGUCAGCACUAUUAUUUUUGAUGAGCAAUUAUUAAAAGAAUCUUGGAAAGAAAUUCUAGGACUCCCCUUCUGCAUCUUUCUUUCCCACCCCACCCACUUUGCAACUUGCAGAAAUGUUUUGAGGCCGAGUUACACUCUUUUUAAAAAAAAUAAAACAAAUCCUUUCUCUACCAAACUACCAAAGAAGAAAAUAAUCUUUGAAGUAAUUGGGUAUCCUGCUUUAUUGUGGAGGAAGCCCUGUGGCAAGCCAAUACCAGCCAUAGAAAUGAUCCAUACUCUCCAUUGGAAAUUGCCAGCACCUGAGGUAAACAGGAGCUUCCCAAUCUCCCAAUUUUACUAAAUGUUUGUUUAAUGGCCAUUGUGGCACACCAGCUCAGUUGACAAAUUUUCUUUCCAGGAAUGGCUGUCAUGCUUUUGUGCUGCAGGCUGCUGCCAGACAUGAUGAGGUUGUGAUAGUUUGCUUUGCCCAGAGAACAGGCACAGGAGUAUUCAGUGGACGCUAUCACAAUUGAUUCCCAAUUCUGCUUGCCUCAAUCACUGGAGUGUAUUGUCUGGAACCAAUUUUUUUGUGUCUAUAUGAAACUAUUCUAUUGGGGAUUAGAGACAGUUAAUACGUGCCACAAAAAAACACUAAAAUUAGUUGCUGGGAACAAAUGUUUUUAAAGCCUCUGUUCUUUUACUCAAUGAAAAUCUGCCUUUACCUCUCAGGGUGAUUCUGAAUAUAUGCUAGUGUCAAAAUGCACAAGGCAAGUGUGUUUUGCUUUUACUAUUUGGAUUGAUCAUAUAUGACUUGCAGAAGAGGCAUUAUGCCAGAUUCAUUUGUUUACGCAGAUUAUGUUAAUUUUCAGAUUGCAUUUUUUUUAAAAAUUACAUAAAAUGACAGUACUACAUUUUUUCCAUUCUUGGUUUAAGUUGUUAACUUCAGAUUUUGCUUGUAAAUAAAGUUGUACUGCAUCCAAUAAUUAGUAGUUUUGUAGGUUCAGUGUGUAUUUCUUGAGUAUCUUUUUAUGUUUUGAAUCUUAAAUGAAACAGUUUAAAUUAGUUGUUUGGAUGUUUCCCAUGGAUCUCUGUGACUUUGUUUUUUGUUAAUUAUGCAGGAUAACAAAAUCAGGCUUAGCCUCUCCUUCAUCUCUUCCCUUUCCCCUGGGGUGUCCACCCAUUUGUAUAUGUAUAGAGUUCUGAAAGGGUACAGAUUUUCAGUUAUUUGUAGAAAGAAAGGUGCAUUUGGUACUCUUUUCAAUGCUGCAGAAUGUGAGUUCAUGCCCACAAUUUUGUUGUGCUGCAAGUUUUCAGCCUUUGAUCUGGGGGUCAUAUCGAUCAGAAGCUAAGGGGUUCUCCCAUUUUUGAGCAGCUGAACGAACAUUGGAAGUUGAUAGACAUCUAGGUUGCUUUUGUACUUCUCUUGGCAUUAAACCAUUUGACAGAUGCUUAGAAGCAAGUUGUAAUUUUUCCUUCGGCUACAGAUGGUACAUUUGAGGGUUAGGGCAGAAAGAGGAGAAGCUAAGAAAGGAUCAAAAUUGCAUUUUACAUAGGGGAGGGAAACUACAUGCAGCAUGUAGGUAGUUCUACCGUUGGUGCUAUCCUGAAGCCCCUAGAGCCUCUUUUUUGUUAAUUUUAAAAGAGCCAUUAAACAGUUGCUGCAUAAUCCUAUAUGUUGUAGAGACACACUUUUAAGUAUAGCUAAUAAUAUACAGUUAAUUCUGGUGUGUAUUAGUGUCCUCUUGUCCCCAUAUUUUAUGUUGUAAACAAAAUGUUAGUGGGACUCUUGCAUAGAAAGUUGCCCCUAUGGUGAGUAUAGUAAAGAGAGUCCUCCAAAGAGAGUUCAUGCAGUUAACCAUAAUUUCAUCUUUUGGUGAGAUGUGGAUUGCAAAGAUGCUUUGCUGUCCUGCCCUCUCAGCAAUCUGAUGAUGCACGGUUGAGAGAGGACAAAAAUAAAGAAAUUGAAAGCUGCAGUUUUCAGUUUGUUAGAGUAUGCAUUUUUAUAAUCUGUUAAAGCAUUUGAUUUUCCAAGAUAAAGUGUAUCUUUACAAUAACAUUUUCCUUUACUUGUUAAAUUGUUGAAUAACCAGCAAGUUCCAUGAGGUCUGCCUUUUACCAGUAUAUUGAUUGAUGGUGUUUGCAGAGUUCUACAUAAAAUGCCUAAGUGCAUUAUUAUCUCUGUAACUUUUUUUUAAAUUAUGCAUUUUUAAGAGUAUUCUAUACCUAUAAAACUUUCAUGCAAAUGUUCCAUGUGGUACUAUUUUGGUACACGGGGUUUGUAACAUUAAAGUAUAUUUUAUGCAAGUGUGAUAUGUUAUAUACCAUGUGAUGUCAUCUGUAAAAAAAAAUAUUUCUCAUUUCAUAAAGAAGGCACUUCACAAA